GCAAAUAUAAUAAUCACAGAGAUUCUAACACAUUCUUCUUUUGUUUCCCAGCAUUAAUCAGGUUGGAAAAAACUGUCCUCACCUUAUGGUUAUCUUACAGUUAUACGGUUCGCAUUUACCUUUUAGAACUACUGGAAUAUGGAUUACCCAGAAGAUGCAAUAGCAAUAGUUGGAAUAGGAUGCAAUUUUCCUGGUGGGGAGGGAAUUGAUAACUUUUGGAAAGUUAUUGCUGAAGGAAGGAACUGCACAGUUGAGAUACCUGAAGAAAGAUUUAUCACCAAACACUGGUACGACUCAGAUUAUAACAAGCCGGGCAAAAUAUGCACCAAUCGAGCAGCUAUUGUAAACGGAAUUCAUAUGUUUGACAACAAGCUGUUUGGAAUUCAUAAUGCGGAGUCUGAUCACAUGGAUCCACAGCACAAAUUACUGCUGCAAUGUACAUACAGGGCUCUGGAAGAUGCUGGUUAUGCCAUGGAGAGCAUCAGUGGAAGCAAUACUGGAGUCUACAUUGGUUUAAUGAACAAAGAUGCAGAAUUUAUAUACAAUAAUUAUCCUGAAAAUAUCAAUCACUUCAAUGGAACUGGCACAUCAAUGUGCAUAGCAGCAAACAGGAUAUCAUAUCAAUUCAACCUGACUGGGCCUUCUUUGUCUCUGGAUACUGCCUGUUCUUCCUCCCUUGUUGCACUACAUUUAGCAUGCCAAGCCAUCAGACAAGGAGAUUGUGAGAUGGCGAUAUGUGGUGGUGUCAGCUGUAUUAUAGAUCCCCAUAUCUAUGUUGCUCUCAGUAAAGCAAAAAUGAUCUCUCCUGAAGGAACAAGUAAACCAUUUUCCAAGAAGGCUGAUGGUUAUGGAAGAGGAGAAGGAUGUGGCAUUGUCAUUCUUAAACCUUUAAAACAGGCUAAAGAAGAUUACAGCAAAAUCUGGGGAGUCAUAUGUGCAUGUUCAGUUAACCAAGAUGGGCGGUCAGUAACACCAAUUACCAAACCAUCCCAAGACCAGCAGGAAAAAUUAUUAAAACGUAUCUACACAGCUAUAGAUCCAUGUUCUUUACAGUAUGUUGAGGCUCAUGGCACUGGAACACCUGUUGGGGACCCAAUAGAAGUCACCAGCAUAGGAAACAUCAUUGGGAAAAAACGCCCAAGUGGAAUGAAACCUUUGAAGAUUGGAUCAGUUAAAGGAAAUAUUGGACACACAGAAUCUGCUGCUGGAAUGGCUGGAUUAAUAAAGGUUCUGCUAAUGAUGCAUCAUGAAGUGAUUCCCCCAUCUUUACAUUAUUCUAAAGAACUUGGUAUUAAACAAAUUGAAGAAUCCAAACUAGUUGUUCCAACAGUUCCUGAGAAUUGGCACGAAGAUGUAAAAUUUGGAAGAAUGGCUGGCAUUAAUUGCUUUGGCUUUGGGGGAACUAAUUCUCAUGUGAUCAUCAAACAAUACAAAGAAAAAAAUUCCAAACAUCAUUCCAAAAGGCCUUCUGAAAUAUUUGUUUUCUCAGCUUGCUCCAGCAAAUCACUUCAACUCAUCAUUGAAGACACGAAGCAAGAGCUGAGCAAAAUGCCAUCAUCAUUAUCUCUGGAAAACUUGGUCUACACUGCUGCCUGCAGAAGAAGUCAUGUUAAUUUCAAAUACAGAGCAGCAUUUUUGGCCUCUUCCCUGCCUAAUCUGCAACAGCAACUUCAGUCUGUAAAUACAGAGACAGCCCCAGCCACAAAAAGCCCUCAGAUUGUGUUUGUGUUUUGUGGGAAUGGAGUCCUUUCCAAAGGGAUGUGCAAGGUAUUGCUAGAAAAUGAGGAAGUCUUUAAAGCUAAAUGUUUAGAGGUAGACAAGAUGAUUCAAGUUUACACUUCCCUUUCUGUGGUACAAUUGCUGGAGAAUGAAUAUGAUGACUUUUCCAGCCCAGAUGUUGCACAGUUGUUGCUCUUUACCAUCCAGGUGUCACUGGUGGAUCUUCUGAGACACUGGGGGGUGAAUCCAGACUGUGUUUUGGGACAUUCAGUAGGAGAAGUUGCUGCAGCCUAUUGUUCUGGUCUUCUUUCGCUUGAAGAUGCUGUUAAAGUUAUUUAUCACAGGAGCAAAUUGCAGUGUAAAGUAACUGGAGGGAAAAUGCUUGUGGUUGGAAAUGUACCAGUAAAAGAAAUAUCAAAUAUAGUCUUGUCAAGCAAUGGAAAAGCAUGUAUUGCUGCUUACAACAGUCCCUCUUCAUGUACAGUUUCUGGAGAUGGAGAGGCUAUACAGCAGAUCAGUGAUCACUUAUCUCAACACUACAAGAAACGCAAUAUAUUUCUCCAUGAUUUAGAUGUCCCAGCUGCAUACCACAGCCACUUGAUGGACCCAAUACUGGAUGACAUAAAAUACAUUUUAUCAAACUUACACACAAAUAAUUUGAAAUGUGAGCUGAUUUCAACAGCCACUGGUAAGCCAGCAACAAAAGGAGAUUUUACAACUGGAGAAUACUGGGCCAAAAAUAUUCGUGAUCCAGUUGAGUUUGAACAAGCUAUAAAAGCUUCCGCAAAUAAUAAAGAACACAUUGCAUUUAUAGAAAUUGGGCCACGCAGAGCACUACAAAAAAAUAUUGUUGACAUCGUUGGAUCAAAAACAUUUGUUAUGCCUGCUGCACAUCCAAAAAAUGAGCACGAAACUCUUUUCUCUUUGCUGAGUGCUCUUUUUAAAAAGGGUUAUAAUCCUAAUUGGAACAAUGUAUUUUCUGAAUACAAAUCCUCUCCGUCUUACAUUCCAAGAUAUCAGUUUGAGCACAACAAGCAAGAUAUCCGUUUUGAUGAAAUUAGGCAAGGAAACCAAUCUGCAGGCUCUCUCAUUCAUCCACUGGUGCACAGUGUAAGUGCAGAUUUCACCAAGUUUAAAUGCACUCUGUCAAAAUCACUGACACCAUAUGUUUAUGAGCACAAGAAUUUGGGGUCAACCCUUGUUCCUGGUGCUUUCUUUGUAGAACUUGCAUUAGCAGCUACAGUUAUAAGCUUAAAGCCCAGGGUGCCCUUACACUCCUUAGAAAUCAGUGCAACAUUUUUGAAUCCCUGUAUUCUUCAAAAGGAAUCACAGGAGCUAAAUGUCAAGAUACACCAACAAGACCAAGUAAUUCAUUAUGAAAUUCUGACAUCACAUGUCUAUGCAACUGGGCAUGUGCAAAAACUUAACAUUAGAACAGACGGGGACAAAAGAAUUUACAUUCGGCAUAUUGUCAAGAGAUGUCAGACGGUUUUCAAAAAGGAAGAUAUCCAUGAAUUACUAUCCAAUUUUGGAUUUGAAUAUGGAAAGAUCUACAAACAACUGUGUGAUGUUCACUAUGGGGAAGAACUGAAUGAAGGGAUUGCUAAGAUUAAAAUUGGAGAAGUCAAAGAAACAAUGUAUGAAUACCACAUACACCCAGUGAUUUUGGACUGUUUCCUUCAAAUGGUUGUUUGUGUGGUUGGUUCUCGAAUAAAAGAAGCUGCAGCGAUAUUUCCAUCUUCCAUAGGAAGUUUGACCAUUUUCCAACCUCUUCAAGAGGAAAUGGUGAUCUACAUAAAAACAAUAAAAAUUACUGAAAGUUACACUGAAGUCUGUGGAUGCUUCGCUGAUACCAAUGGUUUGGUGUUGGUAGAAAUAAAAAAUGCCAGAAUGGCACUCAUGAAACAAGCAGCAAGAACACAAAAUAACAACUUUUUUCAAAUUAAUUGGACAAAAAUACCAAGCUUAAAAAGUGAAUCAAAUGAGAAGCCAAGCAUGCUGGUUUAUGCAGAUAACUCUGGAGUAAGUCAGCAAUUAUCAGCAUACAUACAUGAAGGAGUGAACUACAUUAACUUUACCAGCUGGGAUUCAGACAUCCAAUUACACAAACUUCUCAGCAGUGAGUGUAAAGAUGUUGUGUUUAUGUGGGGGAUCCAUAGACUCAGUGAUACAAUUCCAAACAAUUCAACACAAUAUCUAGCAAAAUGUUGUGAAGUCUACCGAAAUCUGAUUUUGGCAGUAAGACAGAAAGGUUCUGAAGCAUCUAUCAAGACAGUCACAUUCAGAACAACAGAAAACACUGUAGAUCACAUUAAUCCUGGUUUUGUUUUUGUUGGGAUGACACGAGCUUGUAUUACUGAAGUGACCAACAUUACUUUUCAGCUAAUCGAUAUUGGCUCUUCAAGUCCACAAGAUGUGGCAGUGCUUGCUCAAGUUCUCCUUCACUACAAACCAAAUGACCACCCAGAGAUAAGGAUUAAAGAAGGCUGUAUUUACACAGGUGAAAUUAUACACACAGACAUUGAAAACAGUAGACAACUAUCAGCACCCUUAGAGAAGUCAGAUAAUUUUACUUUGUGCACUUCAGAUAUUCAUACUAUAGCUGACCUUUCUGCCGAACCAAAUAAUUCUAGCCUCAAUAAGCUCGCAGGCAAAGAUGUAGAGAUAAGAAUUGACAAAAUAGGUGCCCACACCGAAGACUAUUUUCCUGUUAGUCUUUUUAGCUGGCAAUAUGGAAACACAUUGUACUGGAAUGGUAUGGUUUCUGAUAAACAUAAGCUAAUCGCUCUGGAUUUAGCAGGAACUGUAACAGCCAUUGGAAGAGAUGUCCAGAAAAUUCAAAUUGGGGAUAGAGUUGCUUCAUGUUAUCCAACAGUUGCAAAUUCCAAAGUGAGGAUUCCUGAAAGAGUUUGCUGUUUAAUUAAGAAGUUUCCAAUGCUAAGAGAUACACCUUUUGUUUCUCUGUUUGUCUUGGCUUGGGAAAUUUUACAUAAGAGACUACCACGUGCAAAAAAUAAACCUAGACUAACAAUUGUAACACCAGAAGAAAAGUCAGUUUUGAGUACACUUUUAUCAAAGGCAGCAAAACAAAGUGGCUGGGAAACCACAAUAUCUCCAGGAAUUACAGCUAAUGGCAAGCAGUGCAGUGCCAUGGUUAUUCUUCCUACAUCAGAAAUAAUAUCAGGAGAAGACAUUGCCCAUCUUUCCAUUCUUAAAGAUGUGGUAAUCAUAUGUGACCACAAAAAUUCUACCUAUUUUCAAAGUUUAGCAAGCAGCUGCAGACAAAACAUUCACAUACACAUACUUGACCUUGCAAUAGUUUUUCAAAGAGCAUACCUGCAAGAGUCUGCCAAAGACAUUUACAAAUGGCUUCGGUCACUGUUUUCAGAUGUUCACCUCAUCUUACCUAAAUCUAUCAUGCAGGCUUCUAACAGUACUUCAAAUUUGAACAAUACAGUAUCUAGUUAUUUUAAAGCACAAUCUUUACCACUCAUUGAGUUGGACAAUAACACAAUUAGAAAGAUACCAAUGUCUAUGUCUGGUGCAGUUCUUUUCAAGCACAAUGCUGUUUACAUUGUGGCAGGUGGCCUGACUGGGUUGGGAUUUGAAACAGUGAAAUUUAUUCUACACAAUGGAGGUGACCACAUUGUUAUUCUCUCAAGAAGAAACCCAAACACUGAAAUGGAACAACAAAUAGCCAAAGCAAGAAGUGAAAACGAGAACACUAAGAUAAUAACACUACAAUGUAAUAUAAGCCUCUAUGCUGAUGUGAAGAAAGCAAUUGAUUCAAUACAAAAGAUUUUUACCAAAAUUCCAGUCAAAGGUGUUUUUCACAGUGCUGUUGUUCUGCAUGACAGCAUCUUAGAAAUGUUAAAUUUGUCACUCUUUGAGAAGGUCCUGGGCCCAAAAGUUGAUGGAGUUGUGAAUCUUCAUCUUGCCACAUUAAAUCAAAAGCUGGAUUAUUUUGUAUGUUAUUCAUCCAUUGCAUCAUUUGCUGGAAACUCUGCACAAGCUAAUUAUGCUGCUGCCAACUCUUUCUUGGACAUUUUCUGCCAAUACAGAAGAAAUCUUGGCCUUCCUGCCCAAUCAAUUAAUUGGGGAGCUCUGAAUACCGGGCUGUUACUUGAUCGAACACAGGUUCAUAACAUUUUGCAAGCAAAAGGACUACUUCUAAUAACUGUACCGGAAAUGCAUGAAUACCUGAAGAGAAGCCUUCUUAUAGACAAUUGCCAACAGGCAAUAGUCAAGUUUGAUUUUAAAUUGAUGUAUGACAACUUGGCUUCACGCAUCCCAGUUAUGAAGAGGCGAUUCAUCAGUUUGGUUAUGGAACAUGUGAUCAAUUCGGAUGACAAAAACCAAAUAAAGCAAUCCAAAGUUAAUAAACAAAAAUCAGAGGAUUACGUUUUGUCAUUAGUAAGUGAACUCACAAGUGUCACAAUAAGUGACAUCACAAUGAACAGCCUUCUGAAUUCAUUGGGGAUUGACUCCAUGUUGGCAAUGACAUUACAGAAUCGUAUCUUUGAAGAGAAAGAAGUAAAUGUUCCUGUUGUCAAACUACUGGAUCCCAAUACAACCAUUUUAGAGGUGGCAUCAUUGAUUAAACAAAACUCUCCUGAUGAAGAAAAGCUGGUGGAGAACGUCAUAUUUGAAACUCAGCUGUAAUAAAACUUUUCAAGCAUACGUUUAAAGUGUAUCUAAAUCCCAGACUUCUUUCUUUUGUGUUUUGGAUAGUGUGGGGAAGAAUAUGCAACCCUGUCAGAUUGAAAUUGCUCUCUGUGGCUUGGCUAGGGAAAUACACCCUCUCUGUUCAGUCUGGUAACCAUUGUGACCAGAACUGAAAGGUAAAAUCCUAAAUUUUGAGUGGUUGAUGGACUAGGAAUAGAGGGGGGAGUCUUGGAAUAAAAAUGCUUGUUGCAGUAACCAUUAUGUCAGAGAGGAUAUACCUUACUUUGGGAAAAGUUCCUCACAAUUCCUGCUGUGUCUAUGGAACAGGACGUGAUUGGAAUCUCCUCAAUGGACAACGAUGUAAAAUUAACAGGUCUUUUAUUCAUCCCCUACAUCAGGGAUCCUCAAACUACGGCCCUCCAGCUGUUGCGGAACUACACAUCCCAUGAGGCAUUGUAAAACUCUGAU